CCCUGUUGCUUGUUCAACUGUCAUUCUUGCGUAUCGCAUUCGCAUUUCAAUGGGAGUCGCCCAUAGUAACCGCUCGAGCUGCUCAGACCGGAUUCACGAGCAGAGAUGACUAGACCAAAAUAAAGAGACUGAAGACGAGAAUCAUGAGGAUUCAUUCAUCGCUAUACACUUAAAUUUACAUAUCUGAACUGCUCGGACUGGAUGUUUAUGUGUGUGUUCAUCGAGUGAGCAAUGAGUGAGUUCCGGUAUAAACCGUCAUGAUAUUAUUAUUAUUACAGUGUGUCUGGGUCUCUGUAAAGCUGUGACUGGUGGAGACAUGAAGACACUGCUCGUGCUGAGCUGUCUGCUGUUGUUUACACGAGGAGAAGAUUCAGAUAAACCCCGUCAGAACGUCAACCCAGUCCAGUACCUGCACAUCGGCGACGGCUCCUCAAAGGAGUUUGAGUUCCCCCAAAACACACGUGGCGUGAUCGUUAUCUCCAGCAGCUACCGCAGCUCUGGAGUGCGAAAAGGUCGAGAGAGCCUAAAACAGACGGUUCAGGUGAGAUCCCUGGACCCAGAUGUGAUCUCCAUCCUUAACGUGAGUGAAAGCGACCGUAUUGUAAACGUAAGCAGCUACGUCAUCAGCAUCCGGUCUGGGCUACCCGGAACAGCCCCGUUACUUAUUCAGCUCCUGGAUCUGGACCGGGAUUCCGAUCCAGUUUUGAUCGAGGAGCGGGCCGACUACUCCAUAAGGGUGGCAGCAGGCGGUGAUGACCCAGCCACCCGGCUCCUGGAGACCGGGGGGCUGUCGCACUUCUCAGAGAACCCAGUUUUGUUCGCACUGCUGCCGCUCAUCUUCAUCAAUAAGUGUGCGUUUGGCUGCAAAGUGGACGUGGAUGUUCUAUUGGGUCUGAUCAAGAGACCGGUCCCGCUGCUGCUGGGUGUGGUAGGACAGUUCUUCAUAAUGCCACUAUAUGCCUACGGCCUGUCCCGCGUGGUGUCUCUUCCCAAAGCGCUGUCACUGGGUCUGAUUAUCACAUGCUCAGCUCCUGGCGGUGGUGGGGGAUACCUCUACAGUCUGCUGCUGGGUGGAGAUGUCACACUGGCCAUCUGCAUGACACUGAUGUCCACCGUGGUUGCGGCCGCAGCGAUGCCGCUGUCCUCAGCGUUUUACGGCUGGUUAUUGGGGGUUCAUGCUGCUCUUCACGUGCCCUUUGUCAAGAUUCUUGGCACGCUGCUUUUCAUUGCCAUUCCUAUCUCGCUGGGGAUGCUGGUGAAGCUCCGUUUGCCCACGGUCACCAGUGUCCUGUUGUCCCUCAUCCGUCCCUUCAGCUUUGUGCUGAUUAUAGGAGGAAUCUUCAUGGCCUAUCAGAUGGGGUCCUCAAUUUUGGCAAAUGUACAAUCUGAAAUCGUGGCUGUGGGCGUAACUGUGCCUGUCUUUGGGUUGCUGAUUGGUUUCGGGAUGGCACGGCUGGCAGGGCUGUUGUCACCCCAGAGGAAAACCGUCAGUAUCGAGGUGGGCGUGCAGAACAGUCUCCUGGCGUUGGCAGUCAUGCAGUUGUCGUUCCACCGGGCCGAGGCGGACUACGCGUCCCAGGCACCAUUCAUAGUGGCACUUAGCAGUACAUCAGAGAUGCUUUUAUUGGUACUCGCUCAUGUUGCCCACCAACGCCUGUGCCUGCCACGCACUUCAAGAAUCGCCACCUGAUCGCCAACCUAAAGCCAAUAGCUGCCAAACAAUACUGCCAGAGUGAACACUGAUACCGGUCCGUCCGCGGACAGUUUUGAGUGUUUCUGUAUUACAACCAAAGGCCUUUACUCGGUGUGGCCGAUAUAAGUUCAGCCUCUUUUUAAAUGAAAUUUUAAUGACCUUAUGUGUAUAACAACGACAGCCUUUAUGAAAUAUAUACAAGAUAUUUUUCUAUGUAAUUUUGUUUUCUAUCUUGUAAUUAAAACCGUUUGUAUUUUUGUUUACAGAUGUGUGAUUGAGAUGUUGUGCCAUAAUGUUACUGUUGAUUGUUAAUGUGAUUGAAUCCAUACACUGGAAUGAUGGAGAAUAAAUGAUUUUGAAAAGAUGAAA